AUGGAGAGUUUCUGACUGACUCAGGUGAGUUCAGAGCAGAUCAGCUGAAGAUGGAGCUGCUGCAGCUGCUGCAGCUGCUGCUGCUGCUGCUGCUGCUCUGUGUUUCUGCUGAAGUUCAACAUGACAGUUUCCGGGUUAUUGGAUGUUCAGACACGGACGGAUUGGACAUGAUGACGCUGGAUGGGGAAGAGCUUUGGCACGCCUACUUCAUCCAGGAGACAGGAGUUGAUACCCUGCCGGAUUUUGUCAGCCAUCCAAGUUUCUCAGGGCUUUAUGAACAAUCUGUGGGGCAACAACAACUCUGCAAAAAUAACCUGAAGAUUAUCCGUACUGGUCUGAAGGACAUCCCUGAUCCACUUGAUCCUCCAACCAGCCUGCUCUACACCGCUAACAUUGUGGAGCUGGGAGAGAAGAACAUCCUGGUCUGUCACGUCUCUGGUUUCUAUCCGGCUCCGGUCAACGUCUCCUGGACCAGAAACGGUCAGAAAGUGACUGAAGGAACCAGCAUCAACGUUCCCUUUCCCAGUAAGGACAGCACCUUCACCCAGAUCUCCAGGCUGCAGUUCGUCCCUCAGCUGGGAGACAUCUACAGCUGCUCAGUGGAGCAUCUGGCUCUGGAAGAACCACUGACCAGAAUCUGGGAUGUUGAAGUACGCGUUCCUCAGCCCGGUGCUGGACCCGCGGUGUUCUGUGGAGUCGGUCUGAUCCUGGGUCUGCUUGGCGUGGCGGUUGGGACCUUCUUCCUCAUUAGGGGGAGAGAGAGCUGAUUGGUCAAGGCUGAUGGGUUUAUGGACCUCUCUCUCCUGCUGUACUGACAACAUUGUUUGGAUCAUAACACUGAACGUGUUACCCUAACCCUAACCCUAACCCCCAUAACCCUAACCCUAACCCUAGCCCUUUCUCAUUGUGGAUUCAUCAGGAACUUUGACAAGUCCAAUCAAUAUUAAUUCUCCUGGACUCAUAAAGUGGCACUAUGGUACUGAUCUUUACUAGAAAUAUAAUCUGAAGCUCAUAUUCCUCUGGAACGUUUUGUAAUUUCACACUCAUGUUUUCCUAAAGACGGUGAAUUUCUGCUCCUCAGUUUGUUCUGGACGGAACCAACCAAACUGUCGGACUUUAUUCACUAUUUUGGUAAUUUAGGAAACAUGUACUAAUUAUUCUAUAUUACAUUUUCAGCAGAAUAAAUGACCCUUCUAUGAAAGGUUAACCUGGACCAGCUUUGUAGUUCUUGGUAAUGUAACUGUUUAAUUAGAAGUAGCUGCAGCAUCUAUCUUACUGAUUUCUGCGAUGAGGCCAGUUCUGUGUGGUUCACAUCUUUAUCAGUCUUUAGGAUUCAAUUCUGACAGAUUUGUGUAGGUCAAUGAGAAAAAAGCAGUUAAUGUCCUUUUCAGACGCGAUCUGACCUCAGUCUACUGCUGACUGAGAUCAGAUACCAGAGUUUUUCCUUUUACCUAACUUUUAAAAAACUUCUUGACUUUUUAAAGUGUCUGUAAAAGGUUAUGCUUUCAUUCCUAUACCAUGCUGGUUUUUAUGGUUGGUGGAUGUGUUUUCUGCUGACUGUAAUAAAGAGACCUUGUCCUUCAGGUGAA